AUGAAGCGAGCCAGAAAUCCAGAUGAGUGUGCAAUGAACCAAGGAGACAAUCUGACUGUGCAGGGGGACCCCUGCAAGGUCCCCAAGACGAGUUCCGAGCAGAAUCCCUCUGGCCCAAAGGACGCUGAAGGCAAUGGUGCUGGCAAACAGACGGGUUGCAUCAAUGGGGCUGCCAACGCCAGUGCGUCGCCGCUGCAACCCAUGGCUGUGAACGAAGCCCAGGAGGCCCAGCAGCCGACCGCAAAGGAGGCUGCAGCUGCCAAGGCUGCCCGCAUCCGGUUGGGACUGGAGAAGGAUGAUGGGACACUGGCGCUUGCUGAACAGGCUCCCCCAAAGCUGCCUUCUGGUGUCGAGCGGAAGGUCGACAUCGAAUAUGUGGCAAGUGCGGACCUCCAGCGUUUGGAACACCCUAAGAAAGCUGCUGAGGGCUUACUGGAUAACCUGGCAGCCAAGGACUGGGUGGCACAGUGUGAUGCCCUGAACUUGACAAGGCAGCUGGCGGUACACCACAAGGAGGACUGCCAUCCACUUCUGGCCAAGGUCGUCCCAGCUGUCACCAAACUUGUGAAAAGCCUACGUAGCUCAGUCUGCAAGACAGCGAUGCUGUGCUGCGCUGACCUGUUCACGGUCUUCAAGGAGGCCAUGGUGGAGUUCGUUGAUGUGGGUGGGCCUGCCAAGCCUGCCACCAGCCUCCUGUGCCAGCUGCUCCUCCGUGCCGCCAACGACAAGCAGUUUGUGGUGGAGGAGACCCAGCGCACCCUUGCUGCCCUCUCGUCCAGCAUACCCCCUCUGGUCACAAUCCAAAUGGCUGUGCCAUACACAAAGCACCGCAACCCCAAGGUGCGUGGCAAGGCUGCUGUGCUGCUCGUAUCCGCAGUGGGGCGGAUGAGCAAUGGGGAGUUGCAGGAGAGUGGGCUGGAGGCACUGCUUGAGGUGGCUGCUGGGUUGGUCACGGACAGCAUGCCUGACGCAAGGGAAGGGGCGCGGCAGGUGCUGGGUAUUGUAAAAGGGGCGUUCCUGGCAGGGAGGCAGACUGAAGGAAAAGAGGAGGAAGAGGAUGUGGAGGAGGAGGAGGAAGACAGUGAGCCGCGCCGUACGCCCUGGCAGGAGUUCUGCCACAAAGCCCUUGGGGCGGGGAAGGCAAAGGCUGUGGUGAAGGCGACCCAAUGA